AUGGGUAUCUCAGGCCUACUUCCACUACUUAAAUCGGUUCAACAACCAUGUGACCUCAAGAAAUACGCUGGCAAGACGAUUGGCGUGGAUACGUAUGGCUGGCUCCACCGAGGUACCGCAGCCUGUGCCGUUGAAUUGGCGCUCGAGAAGCCGACGACCAAAUAUGUCGACUUUGUCAUGCACCGCGUCCGCAUGCUUAUCCACUUCGGCGUCACACCCUACCUUGUAUUCGAUGGAGACAACUUACCAAGCAAAGCUGGCACAGAAAAGGGUCGGAGAGAAAGGAGAAAUGAGGGCAAAAGACUUGGAUUGGAACUCCUGAAGGUCGGCAAGGUAGCCCAAGCGCAACAGGAACUACAGAAGAGCGUGGACGUGACACCCGAGAUGGCGCGGAUGGUUAUCGAAGAGCUGAAGCACCACAAUGUUCAGUACGUCGUCGCGCCUUACGAGGCUGACUCGCAGCUGGCAUACCUGGAGCGGAAGGGCAUCAUCGAUGGGGUCUUAUCCGAAGAUUCGGACCUGCUUGUCUUUGGCGUCAAAUGUCUGAUAACAAAGCUUGACAAAUGGGGAGAGUGCAUCGAGGUCAACAGGAAUCACUUCACCGCCUGUAGGGAGGUUAGCUUGGUGGGCUGGUCUGACGCUGAUUUUCGAAGAAUGUGCAUCCUUAGCGGCUGCGAUUACCUACCAGGUAUUGGUGGACUGGGCCUCAAGACUGCCCACCGAAUGCUACGAAAGCACAAGACUGUCGACCGUCUUGUCAAAGCUGCUCAAUUUGACGGCAAACUCAAGGUGCCAGCUGGGUUUAUGGCAUCGUUCGAUCAAGCAGAGAAAACCUUCCUCUACCAAUGGGUCUACUGUCCAGUCGCAAAACAGCUGGUCAAUCUUACGCCACUCGAAGAGGGAGUCAACCUUGCCGAUAUGCCUUACAUUGGAGAGGAAGUACCUUCACAUAUCGCCAUGGGUGUUGCACAGGGCGAUCUAUACCCACGUACGAAACUCCCGAUGAACAUCAUCAGCAGCAGUAAACCGAGCGGAAAACCUCUUGUCCCCUCUCGCAGAGCCUCAGCAGUCGUCCAGACACCGGAUGCGAAAGGUAUGAAGCCGAUCGACUCGUUCUUCAAGGCCAAGCGUACCCCUUUGGCGGAGUUGUCUCCGAAUCUGUUCACACCAUCACCAAGUCAGCAAGUCUUGUUGGAACAGCAACGAGAUUCCAAUAGUUGGGCUGCGGUACCUGCACCAAUCUCACGCUUGCGACCGCAACCGCCAACGCCAAGUACGGCGCCUCAACCACCCCGACGUACGAUGACUGAUCCAACUACCGGUCGACGAUCGGUUCCGCAUCCUUCUAAGAGACAACGACUGUGCUCCGAUUCCGUUUCCGAGACCUCUACUGCAGGCGGUGAGGGUGUCGUCAGGAGUCAAUUCUUCACAUCUUCCAUGCCAGAGCCAAGCCCAACGUUACACCGAGCGAAGAAGAGUAGGAGAAAGACCGACCAGGAUUUCGAGCUCUACUCCGAUGACUCCAUUCAGGAGGUUAUGGUCGAGGUGGUUGAUCUAGAACAAGCUGCGGCUGAACCCAAAAAGAAGCUCCGUGUCUUUAGUGAUACCCAGUCUAGUGUAAGAAGCGACUCACAAUCAACUAUCUUCUCUAGAGGCAGCACUGCGCAAUCCCAGGAUACUAUCGGUACCCUCACACCGGCAUCUUCGCCAGAACCUGAGACGGUCUUUAGCGCUGCAAUCUCAUCCCAGAUGAGUGAACUGCGAUCGAAGUUCACCUACAAAUCUCCCUCACCAUCACCGGGGGUACCACGAGCCAACAAAAGCCGUCUAAACCGCCGACCUACUGAGGCCUGGCAACCUACACCAUCUCAGGAAUCCGUACCCACGUCCGUUGCCGUGCCUGGUAUAGAAUCCAUUCUCCCUGGAACACCAUCCAAGAAGGGGAAAGGAGUUGAACUCACAAACUCUACACGGACUGCCACGGAGGCCGAAGUGUUUGUAGCCGCGAGCUCACCACCUCCUAUGACGCCUGCGAAGAGAAGGAGAUCAUCACUGAAGGGGAGCGAAGACCUCCUUGUGCCGGAUAGCGAAGCCGAAAGUGAGUGCUCGCCCCGAAAGCCGAUGUUCAGCCUCAAGCGAUUCGCGUUUGCCGGUUAG